AUGCAAGAAUAUGAAGACAAGUUACACCCCGUACGAUUUCUCGGUCGAGUGCUCAAGGACUCUGAGAUGAACUACCAUCCAGCGGAGAAGGAAUUGCUCGUGGAUAUUGUGGAGUUUGCCAGAGUGGAAAUAGUGAUCGCUGUGAACGCUUACCUCCCGUCUACUAUGAUAAACUUAGCUGAGUAUACUGGAAUGAACAAUGGUGUCAAAGCAGCCUUAGCACAUGGUGCCAAGGAAUUGGUCAUAGUAGGCGACUCAAGGCUCGCGAUCCAGCAAUCACUACGGGUGAUAGCAUGUCGGAAGGAGUCCCUGACGGCACUGCUGAAUACUCACAAAGAACUCACGGUGAAGCCACGAUCAGUUAAAUACCUUCAUAUCGUGCGAGAAUAUAACGCUGCCGCUGAUUCGCUAGCCACCGAGGCUCUGGAGUCGAAAGUUAGUCGAGUCAUAUUAGCUGAAUCACGAAAAUCGGAGUUAGUAACGUUGAACUGCAUUCAAGAAGUGAUCUACGAACUAAAUGAAGACUCAGCAGAAGUUGGACCACGUCAGGAAGAGCGCUGUGUACAUGUUCUGACCGGCAACGUACGUUCUCCACGCAAGACUUUCGAAAAAUUCGUGAGUGACGACAAUUCGAGAAAAUUGAACACCAUUGGAACAAUGGCAGUAAUGACUAGACGACAAACCAAAGCUAAACGUGUUCAAUUCGCCGAUGAACAUUCGGAACAAGCACCUAAAGGUCAAGAACAAGGUAAAGAACGUGAUGGAGUGAUCAACGAGCAUUCUCCCAACGACAUUUCACAGGACCAACCCUCCAGCACUAAGCGGACGCCAUCACCUGGUGCGGAAGAUGUCGACCCAGUAGAGAUACAACGAGAGCGGCGUCGACGAAUAGCCAAGGCGCAGGACGAAGACCAGAAGUGA